CUCUUUGGGGCGGCUUUUAGCGAUGGCCUAUUUGUGCGUGUGUAGGUAGCUUAGAGUUCUUGCAUUGGCGCACUGGCGCAUUCUAGUAGCGGUAGAUAUAGCAGCAUUGGAGGCUUCGAUCGAUCGAUCGAUUUACGGAGGCGCCGGUGCCGCGCUGCUCGAAAUUCUUUGAUCCGCGGCGUGUGGAUCUGCAUUGGCGCUAGGAAUCGCCUAGGUCGCGCUCGCUGUGCUAGAUCGACCCGGCUAAUCGAUAUUUCGGGCGCUCAAGCUCGCUUGACGGCCACUCCAGCUCCAGCGGGGGAUGACUGUGAGGCAUUGCUUCACUACCCUAGCAGCGCUGGAGGACGAGGAGGCGUCCUUCGUGAAUGCAGGCGGCGGCACAUCCCCUGCAUUCUCUCGCUCGUUUAUGGUACCAGAUGUGCGUAGAUCUGACACAUUUCCAGUGAAGCCGGGCUUGAUCGCAAUCCCCUGAUUCGCAGCAUUGCGAUUUUCUUUCCAGCAUUGGUUUGGGAAGCAACGCAGAAGAUCGUCUGAAAUUUCGAGGUAAAUUUCUAUCAACCAUCCACUGAGUCGUGGAUAUGGCGCAGUGCUAUGCGGAAAGCAAGCCCAUCGGCACUUUCGACAUGCAUGGCGGGAGGCUGUAUUGCUCUGGCUAUGGUGGCGACCAUCUCAAGCCAUUUAGAAGCUACUCCAAGUACGCGGCGGCAUCGGCGGCUAACAGCGCGGAGAUGAUCGUGCCAAUGUUUUUCAAGCAGCAGAAGCACAAUCAAACCAGCCGAGCAUCGCUUGAGACCGUUUCCACGAGCACCACUCUGGAGGCGGCGAAUCCUCCAGAGGCCGAUCGCAUCGCAGAUGCCACUGUCAAGCUGGGAUUGCCGAGCGACGAGAUUCCAAAGCCACCUGUGAUGAGGAAACUGUCUGGGGAGCUUACAGCGCCCACCAAGAAGGCCGAUUCCAAGACCGAGAUCGGGAGUUACAGAUCCGAUGUAGACGGUGCGGCCGCAGCUCCCAAGCCAUCCAGUAGACACAGCUCGGGAGAAAUCACUUCGGAAGUGGGAGAGGCUCCAUCGACAAGCCAACCUUCGAAGCUAAUUGGCGGUGUGGUGGCCAAUGGCAGUGGAGGAACUCUUGGUGGUACGAGGACGAGGAUUUCUAAAGCCGCAGCAUCGUCUCACCAAAGCUGGCCUAGCAGCCCAGCUAACUUUCGACCGGCUCCAAGGACUCGUAAUCUCAGCGAAGGAAGCUUUAGUAUGAUCUUCCCGGAGGAGGGACACAGCAGAUUAUAUUUCACCAGUCCAACGAGAGCGAGAUCGAAGGAACCAACCAAAGUGUCUGACGUUCAAGACAGCAAGGCCGGCUUCGCGACGAACUCUUCGUUUCCUGACAGGAAGCAGGAUGGAGUUGUGAGAGUAACUCCAAAACGAGGAGAGUUGACGGAAGGUGGCGGCAAGGCAAGGAGUUAUACCGGGAGUCCUCCUCGAACGUUGAACAAGGAGGUUCCAUCCAUUCGACAUUCCAGAAACGUGAGUGAUGGAAACUGGGGAGUGUUCAACAGUGGCGCGAGGGGAGGCAACCUUUUCCGCUCAAACCUUUCAGCCUCUAAGCCUCAGGUUCCUGCUGCUGAGAAAGCUACGCCUCCAUCGAUCAAGCCAACCGGAGCAGCAGCAAAAGUUCAAAGUGAAGGGAUGAAUUGCGGGUUUGUUUCUGGCGGUAGCUUUGCCAGAGGCGGUGUCCCUGGCGGUGAGAAGACCUCCGUGGCGCAGGAGUCGACGGCACCGUCUUACGGCAGCGUAAGUAAAGGUGGUGCACCCGCUAGUAGCAAUGAUCCUCAAAAACCAAACGGUAAAAAGGUCACGGCUGAGUCUUAUGGAACUGGAAAUGUGUUCCUCAUGGGCGAAAGUAUGUUGCUGAAGAAGGCUCUCACCAGCAAGGACGCAGAAGAAGUUAAGAACAUCGGAAACGACCAGUAUAAGAAAGGCCACUUCCUGGAGGCCUUGUCUCUGUACGAUCGAGCGAUAUCUUUGUCACCUGGUCAAGCGCCUUACCACAGCAACAGAGCAGCCGUUUUGGCAGCACUGGGACGCUUGGUUGAGGCUGUACAGGAAUGCCAACAAGCCAUCGUCCUUGAUCCAAGCUAUUCUCGUGCACACUUGCGGCUAGGAACACUGUUUCUCAGACUAGGAUGGACAGACGAGGCGAAAAGACAUUUGCAAGGAAAUGAAGGCGGGGACUUGCAGCGAUUGGAAAGUGUUGCUCUUCAUCUAGCCAAGUGUCACGACGCGAGAAGGCUGAGAGAUUGGCAAAUGGUUAUAAGAGAGAGUGAUGCGGCUGUCGUUGCGGGUGCGGAUUCCUCGGUCCAGGCAUACGCUCUCAAGGCAGAAGCUCUACUAAACCUUUGUAAGGUGAACGAAGCUGAUAGGGCCAUUUUGUGCGCCCAGCGGAAUUUGAAACAAAAGCAUGUAGUGGACGAACGCGUGUACUUCAUCGCUCAAGCGAAGAUAGACCUGGCUCAAGGACGGUUUGAAGAAGCGCUUCAAGCAGCAGAGAAAGCUAGCGCGAACGAACCGUUCAAUGCGGAAGUUUCUGGAUUCGACAAGAAAGUCCGUAGGUUAGUGAAGGCAAGAGCAACCGGCAAUGACCUUUUCAAGGCUGGCAAAUUCCUCGAAGCUUCAACCGCUUACGGCGAGGGAUUGGAGCUCGAUCCAGAAAAUGCCAUCCUAUACUGCAACAGAGCAGCAUGCAGGUCGAAGCUCCGGCUUUGGGAGAAGGCUAUUGAGGACUGUAACGCUGCCCUCAACGUACAGCCCAGUUACACAAAGGCUCUUCUCCGACGUGCACAGUGUUACACCCAGCUUGAGCGAUGGGACAGUGCACUCGAAGACUACAUGGUUCUGAAAAGUAAGCUUCCUGGGGACGUGGAAGUUGCCAGGGCACUGUUCGAAGUGCAGAUCGCUCAGAAGAAAGCAAGAGGAGAAGAAGUUUACAAAGUCAGUUUUGGAGGAGGCGGAGUCGAGGAGGUCUAUAGCCCCGACCAAUUCAAGGAAGCCAUCACAUCUCCAGGUCUAGCUGUCGUUCAUUUCAUAACCAGAUGGAGCGAGCGGUGCAAGCAGAUCACGCCGUUUAUCAAUUUAUUGUCAAAAAGAUAUCCUUCUGUCAACUUUGUCAAGGUUGAUAUCGAGGACCACCCAUUUCUGGCCAAGACUGAGGGUGUAGGUACCGUCCCAACUUUCAAGCUGUACAAGAACGGGCUUAAAGUAACCGAGAUGCUGGGUCCUAGCCAACAAAAGCUCGAAGAUGCGGUGCAGCACUAUAUUUUAUAGCCCGAGGUGCAUGACUUAGUGGAGGGAAUAAGGAGGAAGCACCAGUAGCAGGCGAGAAACAAUUUUUUUGCAGGCAAAUGAAAUAACUUCUUGGCUCGAGAAGUUUGCCUGGUGACUUAGAGAGCUACAUUACAAGCGCAGGCAGCCCAAGUGUAAAAAGAAAGGGUGUUAGAGACGGAGAGCAUGGUGGGCUGGCUGCUGCGACCUGAAAGCUUUGCUUUAUCUGUAGUAAGUGCUCGAACUCUUUUGUAUACGGAAGCAGCUGGUUUUUUCGUUUCUUUACCUGUCUCUUCGCUUUCCCGGUAGAAGGCAUUUGAGUAAGCAAGCCUGGAUGCUUGCUUGGUAUUGGAAGCACAGGUUCGAGGCAGUUGCUUUUGCAGACGUUACUGAUUAUUUGAUGAGUUGCUGAUGAUCCAGGAAGAACUUUUGGGGAAUUGUUUUGUGGAUAACUUGAGUAUCUUCCAAGUGUUCUCAGGUCUGGGCUCUAUACUUAAUAAUUUCGGAAAGGCAAGCUCCAUUUACUCACUUACAUUCCUUCGUUGCAGGAUAAAGACUCGCUCCUCUGUGACUUGCAGCAGUCAUUGGUUUUAAUGAAAUACAAGACAUGUUAGUUUUCAAUCCGGGCCGAGUUGGAGAGGUACCUCUCAACUCACAAUCUCUUUCACUUUGGAGGCGAUUAAAUGUUCGCAGUCGUCACUCAACAAGUCCGUGCUCUCUGGUGCUGCAUCUUUUUCUUGCUAAAUCACCACUCACUCGUGUGUUCUUGUUGCUUUUCGCAAUUUUUAUAUUUCACAAGGAGCCUCGUCUUCCUGAAUCCUGGCUGGCUGCCACUAUACGCCAAGCCCAUGCCUGUACUGAGCAGCGAUGCCACUGGAGGCAUCAUGGCUUUGUGUUUGGAACGGCAUUCUCUCUUCUUGCUUCAAUCAAUCAGCCAACGUGCUCGCUGCAGCAGAGAGAGCAUAUCCUUGCGGCAGUCUUUCUUUAUUCCUGUGGACAUGAUGGUGAUGAUGAGUUGAAGAGGGGCUCUCCUGCUCCUUGUGCAGCUGCGCACUGAAAGGCUCUGGCGAUGCUCCCUGGCGUCUUAUCUACUCAUCUGUCGUUCUAUCUAUCUACCAUACAAGGCAGGCAGACUUUGGCGUGGCACUGACUGGCUUUACUUGCUUCUGCCAAGUUUUCUUUGCAUUUACAUCUACGGUGUUUCACGAGUCCUUCGCAUUCACGGCCGCUUCUUUCUCUAAACGCUUUACUGAUCCGACUGUGACUGUUGUUAGGUGGGCAGCCAAAGACAGCGAAGAAGCCCAGGCGAGACGGGAAUUCAUUCGACUGUGAGUAUGAGUUGUUCUCUUCUUCUUUUAUUUCUAAUCUUUAUCUUGCGUCUGAACAAAGGCAUGGGAACUGUUGUUAUUUUCUGAUUGGACUUUCUGAUACGCGCAUUCAUGCAGCCAGCCAGCCAGCCAGAGCCUGAACCAAUCUCUUCGAAACAAAGCAUUAGGAAAAGGACUCGCCGGACGUCCCCCUUUUUUCUACAGUAAACAAGUAUAUUGUAUCAGCAGCCAAGUAAAGUCGAGUUCGUGCGGAACCUGGCCCAGGUAAGAGCUAAGCAGCCGUUGUUAAAAUGAAAGUACUCACCGGAGGAUCUUUCACGUCACAGUCAACCGGGAGGAAUCAUUUUCUUGCUUCGGCUGUACUCUCUGCGACAGAGGAGCAGCACAAGCGUUGGCAAGCAAUACGUGCUGAGCAGUGACGCCCACUCCACCACGUCUGGCACGUAAGGCAUGGCCGCGACAAGCUCCUCUGCCUCCUUCACGUAGCCGGCACGUCCAAACAGCCGGACCAUGCAACAGUAGUGCUGCUUCGUUGGUCGAAUUCCAAAGUCCAUCACCAUGGAGAUGAAACACGACUUGCCAGUCUCCAGCUCCCCGUCAUGACAACACGAGAUGAGAAGCAGCACAAAGCAGACGUCACUGGCCGCGUCCAGAGCGCUCAUGCCCAUGAAGAGGUCCUGCGCGUCUUUGGCAUGCCCAGCGUGGGAGUACCCAGCCAGCAUGGUGCUCCAGGAAAUCGAAUCCUUGCUGGGCAUGGCGUCAAACGUUCGUCUUGCAAGAAGGACACGACCGCUUUGGAAAUAGGCAGACAUGAUGGUGUUCCAAGAGACUACGUCUCGCUCUGGCAUUUCAUUGAAGGUGAUCAGAUCUUUGAGCGGAGUUUCGAGAAACAGUGCCCUUGCGGCUUCCAGAUGACCGCCACGCGUGUACGACGCCACCAUCGCGUUCCACGACGUGGUAUCCCUCUCUGGCAUCGUAUCAAAGAUAUAUCGUGCGAAAUCUACAUGCCCGGAUUGGGCAUAGGCAGCCAGCAGUGCAGUCCACGACACAAGAUCUUUCUGUGGCAUCUUGGCAAAAAAAUCUCUGAUCGGUUCAACGUCUGGAUCCUGAGCAAGGUAAGCAAGGAAAACAUUGCAUGAUAUUACGUUGACCACAGCGAUCUGGGAAAACAGUUCUUUUGCAGCACCAUAGUUCUUACUGCGACAAUACAAUGUGAGAAGUAUGUUGUACGACACGAGAUCGCGCUCUGGCAUCUCACGAAAUAGAAGCUCCACCUCUUUUAAGCG